UUUUGCAUCAUCAUAGAAAUUAUUUUACGGGAAUGUUCAUGUCAGUUUUCCUUGGCAGAAGAAGAUGAAUAAUAAUGAACGCCAACAAAUGCAAUAUGGUUUCACCAGAUUUUCUGCUUGAACCCCUAACAAUGAACGCCAACAAAUACAAUAGCAUUUCACCCAGCUACGCUGGCUUCAACCCCUAAUUAACGUUGGAAUAAUUAUAUUAUAGCUGUAAACAUUGGAGGUAAAAAGCUAGCGCGCAACAGGUAGAUGAAAUGCUGAGCUUAGAGCAGUCUUGAGCAAUGAAUAAUUCAUGAUAUGUAAAUUAGUUGAUCGGGUAAAAUCAGUCAGUGCUGAGACGAGCUAGAAGUCAGUACGCGGUCAGUCGGCAUGCCAAGGGGGCUUGUACCCACUCCUUUAGUUAUUUUUUUGUGCAUACUUCAACAUCGAAAUGUCUCCAUCGGAAUCACCUCGGAUUUUCUCUGAGAAGGAGGUAGCCAAUCAUUCCACUAAAAACUCAUGUUGGGUAUUAACGGGGACGAGAAUUUAUGAUGUGACGGGAUUCCUUCGUAUUCACCCGGGUGGAGAGGCUCUGAUAUUAAGCCGGUCAGGGAAUGAUAUCAGGACGGAGAUGGAGGGGCCCCCACACCGGCACUCGGAGAACGCAAGUCGGUGGAUGGAACAGUACUACAUUGGAGAGCUGGACACAGACGGUAGUGCCGAUGAAAUACAGACGACGAGGGAGAGGAAGAAGACUCAGGAGCACACAGUGGAUGAGGAGCCUUCACCCAUUAGCAAAUGCAGUCAAGUCAACCUGGACACGGACCUGGUGGACUGGCGGAAGCCCCUGGCCUGGCAGGUGGGCAACCUGGGAGAGAAAUACGAGACCUGGGUGCACCAGCCUGUGGAUCGGCCCAUUCGCCUGUUUGGGAACAAGUUCAUGGAGGCCAGCACCAAGACAUCCUGGUACAUGGUCCCUGCUGUGUGGAUGCCACUGGUGUUCUAUCUCAGCUGGUACUGCUACACCACCUUGGCUCAGGAGACAACCAGACUAUUCGCCAGCACAGACUAUUCCUUCCUGGUGCACAAGUACAGCUUUCCCCUCAUCUUUGUGAUGGGCAUGGUCAUAUGGACCUUCAUCGAAUAUUGCAUCCAUCGCUUCGUCUUUCACAUGCGCCCGCCCGCCCACAACUAUUACCUCAUCACCAUUCACUUCCUGCUGCACGGACAGCAUCAUAAGUCUCCCUACGAUGGCUCCCGCCUAGUCUUUCCUCCUUGCCUGGCCUCAGUGGUGAUAGGCAGCUUCUACCUGCUGCUGACCAAGGCCUUCCCUGAGGCCUUAGGGGUGUCCUUGUUUGUGGGGGGGCUGUUUGGGUACGUGGUGUACGACAUGAUUCAUUACUACCUUCACUACGGCUCCCCCCAGAAAAACUCCUACCUGUACAGCCUCAAGGCAUACCACGUCAAGCACCACUUUGAACACCAAAGAGCAGGUUUUGGAAUCAGCACCACAUUGUGGGACUAUCCGUUCAACACAUUGAUUCCUGAACAGACCCUUUAGAAGACCCAACUUACUCUACUCUCCACUGGGGGGCAACCUUCACCCAUCCCUCUUAGACCUGGCAAUCAACCCCUUCAAUGAUGCCAUACCCUUUGGCCCCAGCCUGUCCCUAUAGUCUGUCUGUCUCUGUCUCUGUCUCUGGCUGCUUCGAACAAAACACAAAAACACUUCUCCAAUAUGUUCCACUUGCCAGUCAAAGAAGAAAGGUAUCUUUUCAGAACUGGAGCGAUGGAGGUUUGGGGUGAUUCUGUAUGUUUUGUUUAUAAUCGACAACCUUAUCAAAUGAAGAUUGUAUGACUAGAAUGCAGUAAGGAGGAUAAUACAUGCAGUCACAGGAUAUAACAGUCAACAUCCCACCAGAGACCGUAUAGCCAUCAAACUCAACUCUGGACCUUGAAGUCAGUUCCACUGGGUUUUUACAUUGUUCCCCUCUAAUAAGGGACUGAUUUAGACCUGGGACACCAGGUGGGGUAAAUUCAUUAUCAGGUAGAACAGAAAACCAGCAGCCUCCGGACCUCGUAGGGUACGGGUUUACUAACCCUGCAGUAGAGAGAGACUAGAAAGUGAGAGAGGGAGUGUGAAUGUGGAAGAGAGGAUAAAGAGUGAUGUUUAGGACGGUGAAAGUUAGAGAUUAUAGUUGUCCUUAUAUACAGUUGAAGUCGUAAGUUUACAUACACUUAGUUUGGAGUCAUUAACUUGUUUUUUAACCACUCCACAAAUUUCUUGUUAACAAACUAUAGUUUUGGCAAGUCGGUUAGGACUCUACUUUGUGCAUGACACAAGUCAUUUUUCCAACAAUUGUUUAGAGACAGAUUAUUUCACUUAUAAUUCACUGUAUCACAAUUCCAGUGGGUCAGAAGUUUACAUACACUAAAUUGACUGUGCCUUUAAACAGCUUGGAAAAUUCUAGAAAUUGAUGUCAUGGCUUUAGAUGCUUCUGAUAGGCUAAUUGACAUCAUUUGAGUCAAUUGGAGGUGUACCUGUGGAUGUAUUUCAAGGCCUACCUUCAAACUCAGUGCCUCUUUGCUUGACAUCAUGGGAAAAUCUAAAGAAAUCAGCCAAGACCUCAGAAAAAAAAUUGUAGACCUCCACAAGUCUGGUUCAUCCUUGGGAGCCUGAAGGUACCACGCUCAUCUGUACAAACCAUAGUACGCAAGUAUAAACACCAUGGGACCACGCAGCCGUCAUACCGCUCAGGAAGGAGACGCGUUCUGUCUCCUAGAGAUGAUCGUACUUUGGUGCGAAAAGUUCAAAUCAAUCCCAGAACAACAGCAAAGGACCUUGUGAAGAUGCUGGAGGAAACGGGUACAAAAGUAUCUAUAUCCACAGUAAAACAAGUCCUAUAUCGACAUAACCUGAAAGGCCGCUCAGCAAGGAAGAAGCCACUGUUCCAAAAUCGCCAUAAAGAAAAUCGAGACUAUGGUUUGCAACUGCACAUGGGGACAAAGAUUGUACUUCUUGGAGAAAUGUCCUCUGGUCUGAUGAAACAAAAAUAGAGCUGUUUGGCCAUAAUGACCAUCGUUAUGUUUGGAGGGAUGCUUGCAAGCUGAAGAACACCAUCCCAACCGUGAAGCAUGGGGUGGCAGCAUCAUGUUGUGGGGUGCUUUGCUGCAGGAGGGACUGGUGCACUUCACAAAAUAGAUGACAAUAUGAGGAAGGAAAAUUAUGUGGAUACAUUGAAGCAACAUCUCAAGACAUCAGUCAGGAAGUUAAAGCUUGGUCGCAAAUGGUUCUUCCAAAUGGACAAUGACCCCAAGCAUACUUCCAAAGUUGUGGCAAAAUGGCUUAAGGACAACAAAGUCAAGAUAUUGGAGUGGCCAUCACAAAGCCCUAACCUCAAUCCUAUAGAACAUUUGUGGGCAGAACUGAAAAAGUGUGUGCGAGCAAGGAGGCUUACAAACCUGACUCAGUUACACCAGCUCUGUCAGGAGGAAUGGGCCAAAAUUCACCCAACAUAUUGUGGGAAGCUUGUGGAAGGCUACCUGAAAUGUUUGACCCAAGUUAAACUAUUUGAAGACAAUGCUACCAAAUACUAAUUGAGUGUAUGUACACGUCUUACCCACUGGGAAUGUGAUGAAAGAAAUAAAAGCUGAAAUAAAUAAUUCUCUCUACUAUUAUUCUGACAUUUUACAUCCUUAAAAUAAAGUGGUGAUCCUGAAUGACCUAAGACAGGGAAUCUUUCCUAGGAUAAAAUGUCAGGAAUUGUGAAAAACUGAGUUUUUAAAUGUAUUUGGCUAAGGUGUAUGUAAACUAUCGACUUCAACUGUACAUCUAAGCUGUCCAGGUUUAUACCUUUUAAGAAAAUUCAGGAAAGUACCUUCUCUAUCCCUGGAGUGUUUAUGCAACUGGAGGUCAAGCGGUAGUAAAACUUUUAGUAACAUUGUUAUGGGGACCCCAUUCUCAACAUUAUAUCACAGCUAUGCUGUUUUGACACAGAAAAUUGCUGUUGACAUUGUGUGCUCACCGAAUUCACUGAUGCUUAGUCUGUAUUGUCUUUCUUAAACUGGGGCAUUUCCUUUUCAAAUCUGUGGGAAGGUAUGGAGGGAGCUGAUUUAGUCUUUCACUAUGUUCAGACUAAUUUAUAUUUCAACAAUGUUUUUUUAUUCGUAAUGGUAUGACUAAAUGUAUAGAAAUAUUCGUACAAACAGAGACUGCAUCUUUCCCUUUCCAUCUCUCUCCUAUACACUCUGGUUUGUUGUUGACAUGUCAAAUGAAGCGUCAGAAUGAGUUGAUGUUUUACUAGGUGGAGAGAGAUGGAGUGAGAGGAAGAUUGAUGGAAGCAUGGAUGGGUAUGUGUUGUCAUGUAUACAGAGACAGAACACUGAGGGCAUGAGGCCGGUCUACCAGGUCUCCUGCUGUAGGGAGGAGCAUAUGGCUACAGAAUGGAGCUGAUAAGGACUUCACUAUAGGUUCCCGUGCCCCUCUCUGCAUGUAGGAUGACGAUCUUGCAUCAGACUAAACUACAGGAGGCUUUCGGGUUCAGUUCCAGGCCGAUCCUCGACUGUUCCGACUAGUUUUAUAUCCUAAAGUUUCUAGCCUUUUUACCAUCUUCUGCAUUCCAUAUGUUUUUGUUCAUUCCCUUAUUCCCCCUUUUAAUUUGUCCUUUGGGUGAAGCCACUACAGAUAAGCCCAAAAACUCCUACAGUUCCUCAGGGGACCAUGGAGAGAGGAGACUGUGACAGGGGACUGGGGCCUCACAAAGUACAUGCGUCUCAAACAGUGAUUUGAACCGUUAGGUCAUAACGUGUGUGU